UUUUUUUUUAUGCUACAGUGAAAGAGAGAGAGAGAGAGAGAGAGAGAGGGGAGAUGGAGAGGGAGCAUCACACAAUCUCGUAAUUCUAGUACUCUUUUUGGGUCUCCUCUGAGUCCAAGAGCUCCUCCUUUUUCUCUCUCUCUGAAGCACAGGAACAUUUAGAGGAGAAAAAGACUACAAUUGCAGGAGGUGAGGAACUUUUUUUUCCUUUUUUUGCCCCAUUUUGGAGGAGUUGCCCUGCUGAAAAAGAUCAAAAUCUUAAAGGUGGUAAAAUGGCAGAAGCAGCUUCAGCUCCCAACUCCUCAUCUGACUCCCUUGCGCAUAAAAGCGGCUUCUUUAGAGUCCCUGGCCUCUUUGUGAGGUUGAGCACAAAGGGCUUAUUAGAUUCUGAGUCAAUUUGGAGCCCUACCUCUCCUUUGGAUUCUAAGGUUUUCUCAGUUCUUGGCUCCACCAUUGUUAGUUCUCCUAGAUCACCUGGCCCGUAUUGGCCGCAACCGAAGAGAUUGGACUUGGAUUGCAACAGGGUGGGGCUUCGCUUAGUGGGUUCUCUGAAUGAUGAGAGCAUAACUGCUUCUGGGAGCAGCAGAAAAUUGCUUCUGGGGCCAGAGAUGAGGGUCAAUGUACCAAGCUCAAAGACCCACCUGCAUGUCGAGGAGAACUCUUUACAAGCACCUGUUAAUCCUUGUUAUGAAUUGAAUCAACAAGAAUCAGUGCUAGAGCUGACAUUAUCGGAACCUAUUGAUCAAUAUAUGCCUAAUAGUCCGCAUUUUCCUAGUUCUAAUUCGCAGCCGAUGUUAGAUGAUGCUUCUGAUGGAUUCAUAUGUAACCAGUCCAUGAAUGAGAUCACACAAUCCGAGGAGUAUACUUGCGUUAUCUCUCGUGGCCCCGACCCCAAAACAACUCACAUUUUUCGCGAUCGUGUGUUGGAGACCCGUACAAAUUGCUCCCCCGUAGAAGAUGUCGAAGGCUCUCCUUUUGUUGCUGAGCCGUCCCAAGAUUUGCCAAUCUAUAAGUUUUGCGAUGACAUUUUCAGCGUCUGCUGCUCCUGCAACGAGAAGUUGAGUGAAGGCAAAGACAUCUAUAUUUAUCUGGGUGAGAAAGCGUUCUGCAGCCCCGAGUGCCGGGAAAUAUUUAUCAUGGAGGAAGAGCCCAUGAGAGACACUCUUAGUUCUUCGAAACCAAACUAUCGCGGCGACUGUGUCUUCGAACCCAUCAAUAACUGACGAGCGAUACUGCAACAUCUGCCGAGGCGAACAGCUUUGAUCAUUCGUAUACUAAGAGCUGUGUCCUAUGUUUCUGCUGCAGCCAUGAAUGAUCACUAUGUAAAUGGUGUUGUUCCCCGGCGAUUGUUGCUCGUGAUUAUUGUCACUUUGAGUCGUUUUUUCUUUUUCUUUCCCUUAGCUUAUGGCGAGCUUUUCGUUCAACUUAUUAUUCCGAACGGAAAGGGCGGUGGUAGCCAUUGCAUGGGCUUCAAUAUUUUUCUUUCUUUCAUGACGACUGUGUUGUGUUCUAUGACCGAACAUGAGGUAACUCAGAACAUAUGUUGGCUUAUUUACUUGUGAAGUUUGGUUCUUUCAUGUUUGUGAUAAAUGAAAUAUUGAAUGUUUGGUGAGGUGUGUA